UGUGUGUUGGAUAAACAAACGCAAGAAAACCACAGCAUGAUUAUCAUCUUGGGUUAGUUGGUAUUUCUUCAACGGCCAUGGCUUGUUUAAGAACCCUCCAAAAAUUUAUUCCCCAAAAUCCCCAAUUAAUUGCGGAACCCCCAAUUCUAAAUGCUGCUGUUCCGCCAUUGCCGAUUUCGAGAAGGUCUGUGGCUCUCAUCUCUGUUCUGCCAUUCUGCAUUAUUGCUCUUCCUCAGACAUUGCUAGCUAGAGAGAGACGGAGUCGAAAGACCAUCCCACUUGAAGACUAUCUCUCUACCCCUGAUGGGCUUAAGUACUACGAUCUCGUUCAAGGGAAGGGUCCGGUUGCUGAAAAGGGGUCGACUGUGCAGGUGCAUUUUGACUGUUUGUAUCGCGGGAUUACAGCUGUGUCAAGCCGGGAAUCCAAGCUCUUGGCCGGGAAUAGAAGCAUUGCUCAGCCUUACACGUUCCAAGUUGGAGCAGUGCCGGGAAAAGAGCGAAAGCGUGAGUUUGUAGACAAUCCCAAUGGUUUGUUCUCUGCACAGGCUGCACCAAAACCUCCAAAAGCUAUGUAUGUUGUUACUGAGGGUAUGAGAGUUGGAGGGAAGCGGACUGUGAUUGUGCCACCGGAGGCGGGCUAUGGGCCGAAGGGAAUGAAUGAAAUUCCGCCGGGAGCUGAAUUCGAGCUAAAUAUCGAGCUUCUGGAAGUACUACCACCCGAAGACAAAUGACGGAUCAAAAGUUUCGUUCAAGAGCAAGUUGAUUCGUUUGCGCCAGAAGAUGAACAAGACAAGACUUGAAUCAAAAGUUACAUGAAUAUUCUCAUGUUUGACAAUUUUUUCCCGUAUCACCACGAGUAAUUUGAUUCAUUUACUCAAUAAGAUGAACAAGACUAAACUCCAAUCAAAAGUUACAUAUGUAUUCUCCUCUUUUUUCAUAAGCAAUGAGUAAUUCGAUUCAUUUACAUAUAA